UCAUCUGCCAAACAUCUCUAUCGAUGAUGUUCACAGACUUGUGGACAUGUUUUCUCCUGCUCUCCAGAGCAAGCGCGAGAAAGGAUUUAAAUUCUACAUUUCACAAUACCUCUACAACUUCGAAGGUGGUUCUGAAAGACUCACAGUCUGUGGAACUACUACACUUCAGCUGCUCCUGUAAGGCUGGAAAAGCCUUAUGUAACCACUGUGUUGCUUUGCUUUUUCAGUGUGCCCAUUACUCCCAGCUGAAGCUCCAAGUGGUGCCCCCGAUGAUGAGCUGCACUGAGGGAGAACAGCAAUGGCAAAAGCCCAGAGUACUGGGAAUAAAGCCUGGGCCAGUUGAUAAGAUGACUGUGUUAUCUGCCAAACCAAAGAGGAGAAAGACCACUGAGGGAGUCCGGAGCACACUUUACAAAGGUGUUCAUGGGGACCUACCUGAUCUCUCUGUUCUCCGUCUAAGUGAACCCUACAAGGAUUUCUCUCCGACCGACCUCCCAAUCAUUUGCAGCAUGGGAAUCAGUGCUGAGAUUCCACAAGUGGACUCUGUUUUUGACAAGGUGCAAAUUGGAAGUCCACUGUCUUAUCAGCAGCCAGUAAAGGAGAAAGCCCAAAGCUUUCAUCGUGCUCCACCUCCUCCAUCAUUGCCACUCCAAGACUACAGACUGGACCCAUCAGACUGCAUGUUUGUGUGUUCCAGAACAUAAACAUUUAAAUUGCAAUAUGUG